ACGCAUACACUUGCUGAAGUCUAGGCCAGGUUAUGCCCAGGCCAAGUCAGGUUGCAGCCGAUGCGCUUCGUGGCUGCUGCUGCUGCGGCUGCCGACGAGCAACAGCGUCGUCGUCGCCGUCGUCGUCGUCGAUGUUGUCGUUGCGGUUUGUUGUCGUCUUCGUCUUGGCCAGGUUGUUUAUUUAAAUUCUAAGCUCGGCUACUGUUUGCAUUGUUGGCGCUGGCCGCGCUGCUCAGCUGAGUUGGGGAACGAGGGAAUACAUGGGGAAGCAGCAGCGUUGAGCUGGCGUCGGGUUUAAGCGUCAACGUCGCUGUCGUUGUCGUUGGUCCGCUGCUGCGCUGCUGGCCGGGAAUAAAACUCGAUCCGCGUGCGUCUUCUAGCCACAGUUAACGGGUUGCCUUCUGACCGACAGAUCGAACAAGCCAAUCGAGCCAAGCGCAGUGAACGCAAACAAGUGAACCCAAUACACGCACACGCAGUGCCCAAAAGGAUAAUAGUUAGUGACAAAGACAAAGUGUUGUGUUUAGUUUAAAUAAAUCCAAAGCAAAUCAUGUUCAAAUUCGUGUGCCUGUUCGCGCUGCUAGCCUCAACGGCCGCAGCAGCCUCUGAGGCUGACAGCCUGCUGACGAGCGCGCUCAAAAUGGUCAAGGACUGCGGCGAUCGCUCGAUGGUGCUCUGCAUGAAGGAACGCGCUCUGCAUUACUUUGAUACGGAGAACGGCGAUGUGAGGCUGACCGAGGGCAUAGCUCUUGUCAAAACCGAUGAGAUACCCGUGGGACGCGCCCUCAAUGAUGUGUCGCUGCCCGAUGAGCCCGAGGCGCGCGAGUCUGAGGUUGACUCGCUGCUGGUUGAGCGUGUGGCGCGCUUCUUUGGCACACACACUCUGCAGUUCAAGGUACCCAAGGACUCCAUACAGGACAUGCAGCGUGCCCUCGAAGAAUCUCGCGGCAAGAAGAAGGAGAAGAAGAAGUAUCUGAUGCCGCUGCUUAUGCUGUUCAAGCUUAAGAUGGCUGCGCUGCUGCCGCUGGCCAUUGGCUUCUUGGCGCUCAUCUCGUUCAAGGCUCUGGUCAUUGGCAAGAUUGCGCUGCUGCUGUCCGGCAUCAUUGGACUGAAGAAGCUGCUGGAGUCCAAGAAGGAGAACUACGAGGUCGUUGCGCAUCCGCACUAUGAGCAUGAGCACAGCUAUGGGCGAUCACUGCACGCAAAUGAGGCCCAGCAGCUGGCCUAUGCGGCGUAUAAGCAAUAAAUCGAGUCGACUGCCAAAGCCACAAGCAAAAGUGCAAUACACACAGCAAUCAGCAACAGCAACAGCAAAGGAAAUGAAUUGGAUUGGAUUGGAGCACUGAGCUCGCUGCGCAUUUUCGCCCAGCGACUCAAUUAAUUUAUUUUAUUUAUUUAAUUUAUUUGUAGCAGAACUCAUGCCAUCAGCAACUCUCAUCAGCGAAAUGAGUGAAACUUGUUGGGAAAUGAAAAGAAAUUCAAACCAUAGAGAUUAAGUGCAAAUACGGUGAAAUGGAAUGGGGGCGGCAACUACUUUGGGCGCUCGCACUACUUAAGCUUAACUUAAAUAACUAAACUUAACUUUAACUAAAACUAAAGCUAAACUAUGCGCCAGUUAGACGACUGCACUUUGUAUUAUUUUAAUGCAUAAUUUAAUGCUCAAGAGCUUUACUAUUAACAACUUCUUACUUAUUUACUUAUUGUAUUUAAACUCAACGCCAAAAUCUUUAACUUAAAGCAACUGUCCUCAGUUCACGGUUCGCCAACCCCCUGACCAGAAAAUUAAACACACAGCCACAGCUGCAACCACAACCAACUGAACUCAACCACACUCAACACACAAGCAAACAAACA